ACAUUGCUUCUUAAAUCAAAUACAAUUGGAUUAAAUACGAAUUAAAAAAUAAAGAAGUAAGAAAAGUAAAGUUCACCAUUUACUUUUAUAAUAAACAACUUCUAGCACCUUCGAAACUUAUUGUGCGAUUAAAAAAUAUUACCAUUAGCUAUCCUAUAUAUAUUGGUGACAAAUUAAUAUAGUACUUUAUUGAUGCAAAAAUUACGUUGAGAAAUGUAUUUCAGAUUCUGUACGUUUCCGUAAUGGUAGCAACCCUUUAUGAUAUUCUAUAAAAUAAUUUUAGAAAUUAACGGAAGUCAUGAGCAUGUAAAUGAUUAACUAUGUUUUUUGGUAACUAAAAUAUGAUUUUGAUCAUGGAGGAUCCCGAAUUAUAAUGUACAAUAAAAAGAUAUUUACCGGCAUAACUUCCGGCAAUAAUUUGUAUGAUACAUGCGAAAAUAUUUAAAAUUGUUAUUUUAAAUAAAUUACUUGUUACCGAGUACGUAAAAACCGAUAGUAGCAGGUUAAUAAUAAAAUAUUUCUAUUCAAAAAAGGCCGUACUGUAUAUGAAACAAGAUGGCGGAAUAUCCGGGACCAAAAGACGCGGGUCGCAAGUACAAAUAAAACAUAUUAAUUAUGUAAUGACUAUCAAUCGAAUGAUUUACAUAUGUAAACCUUCUUCAUUUUGCUGGCGUUGCUCAUUAAAAACCAUGACACGUGUACACAAGUGUAUCAUUUCCCAUCGAUAAACUGAUUACGUCCGCAUUAGACUCUAUGAUGUUCACAGUUCGAUUUUACUUCUCGAUUUAAUAGAGUUUUUGUUCUUCUAUACGAGACCACUAACCAUAAUGGGUACGCUUUUCUAUCUUCUUCUGAUUGUUGCGCCAGUGAUACAUUCGUUGAAGCUACACGAAUUGAUGACCGCCGACGAAGUGAUGGGGAUAUUUCAUACGACGCAUGAUUCUGUGCCGAAGUACGAAAUCGUAUCGAUGUUGUAUUCUAUACAUGCUAUCCACGAAAAUGGUACCAGAAAGAUGUAUAUGAACACCUUUAAUCAUGAUAUUGAACUUACUUUGAAUCCAACCGAGGGAUACCUUGCUAGUGAAGACACCCCUUUAUGGACUGUCAAAUCUGGAGUUAAGCAUGCACCAGAAGAUCUACAAUAUACUCUCAUACCAAACGCAUUAAAGGACAUCGGUACUCCAAUGCAGGACGAAAAAGCAGAAGCGGCGGUCGUGGUUACAUCAGAAAACAGUAGAUUCGCUACAUUUGACGGAUUUCUUCCAUUCAACUUAAUUAUACGCUCUUUGCCGCAACGUGUUAUUCGUCUUUUGUACGGGAAAGGCGGGCUAUUCGAGUCCCAUUUUAAUAAAGAAGGAACAAUGAAGAAUUUCACGUACACUUAUCAUCACGUUAUCUAUGAACAAAUUCCGAAGGAGAACUAUGAGAGCUUUAAUAUUACGAAUCCAAUGUCUAGCAUGUACCCAAUUCCAGAAAUUGUAUAUCCAGAGAUUUUAGUAGUCAUCGAUUAUAGUCUAUAUUUAACGCUGGGGCACAACAUUAAUCAAGCUAAACGAUACAUCGUUGCGUUCUGGAAUGGAGUUGAUUUACGAUAUCGAGUACUAACGAAGCCGAAAAUCCGAUUAAAUAUCGCUGGUAUAAUUAUAGCAAUGGACACAGGAGCAGUUCCAUAUAUCGAAGAUAGUCGUUUGCAAGGAAACUUAGUAGAUGCUGAUCACGCUUUGCAUGGUAUGGCAACUUAUUUCUACGAGGAGAAAAGGUUCCCAUGGAAAAUUUAUGACAUGGCAAUGACGACGACACGUUUGAAUUUAUGCAAUAAAAUGGAUGAACAUUUAUGCGAUCCUUCAACAUUGGGUUACGCUUACGUAAAAGGCGCAUGCGAUAGAAACGCUACAACAAAAAUGUCAGAGGCUGUUGGAAUAGCAGAAGAUGACGGAGGUUUCAGUGGCAUUAUACCAGUAGCACACGAACUGGGACAUUUAUUAGGAGCUCAUCAUGACGGUACUGCAGAGGAUUCUAAAACCUGUUUGCCAAACGAUGGUUACCUCAUGACAGGAUCUCUGAUGUUAAGCGAACAUCAAUUCAAAUGGUCCAAUUGCAGUAUAAAUGCGCUUCACAGAUUUCUCAGUGGAGACGAAGCAAAAUGCCUCUACGACGCGCCACCGAAAGCUAUCGCGAUAAGACGUCUCAUGCCUGGGAAGCUGAUGUCCCUUGACGAUCAGUGUAGAAAAGUGUACGGUGGCCCAGCAUGCAAAAGAGACAAAUCCGAGGUUUGCUAUCGAUUGGAUUGCGAAGUUCCUGAUGGCAACGGCUUGUGUUCAGCGAUCGCUGCGGCAGCGGAGGGUUCCCCUUGUGGACCUAAUCUCAUAUGCCUUGAUGGUCGGUGCGUAUUCGAAGGAACGGAAAUCAAAGAUGAAAGAAGUUAUGAUAGUACCGACAGUAUAUGACAGUAUAUGACCAUAUGACAGUACCGAAAUAAAUCCAAGUUUUACAGGGUGUCCUGAAGAAAUCAUUUGGAUAUUAAAAUGAGAAGAUAGAAUGAUUGCAGCUCAUAUAAAAUAUUAUAUGUUAUCAAUAUUUUUAUUAAUUAACUUACGCUAAACUUACGUUACUGUUAUAGAAAAUGAGAAGAUAGAAUGAUUGCAGCUCAUAUAAAAUAUUACAUGUUACAAAUAUUUUUAUUAAUUAACUUACGCUAAACUUACGUUACCGUUUCAGGUAAUACAAUUAUUUAUUAACAAAUAUUUUAAUAUACAGAGAGAGAGCAUUGUCUGUUAACUUAUACAAGUGCCUACAUUAAAUACAAAAAUAUACAUAGAUUAGAUGCAAUGAUAUAAAAGUAUAUUAAAUAUACAGAUCUUCACUGAAUAA